AUGAUCCAUCCAGGGAACUUUGGUACCGCCAAGCGGACCAACACCCUUGGAGGGCUCAAUGAAGAGCCAAUAGAGCACGGAUUAUGGAAUGGGAAUGUUCAAGAAAUUCGGCAAUCUCCUAUGGUCCCAAGUGCUUACCAGCGUCACCUGCUUGAUAGCGAGGCGGAUGGACCUGACACGAGCCUCACAUUCGAUAAGGACGACGUGAGAUUCUGGUCGGACUACAGCCGAGUGUACUACACUCCCGGAACCAUGCAAGAAAUACCUGAACCGCCUGAUCGCGAACGGAACUGGGCCGUCGGCGUCGAUUUGUUUAGGCGUUACAAUGAGGAGUCCGAUCUCAUGGAGGGUUCCGUCCGGCUGUCCCUGGAAGAGUGCGACACGCUGCAGGGGCUGCAAUUGAUGAGCGACUGCGAUAGCUUUGGAAACUUCACCUCCGAAUUUCUAACUGCGUUCAAAGACGACUAUGGGAAGACCACGGCACUUGUGUUCGCAAUGAUGUCUGGGUCCGCGAUGGAAAACGGUCCUGACACCAGUAAUCCCCAGGGAAUCAAGGCUGCGAUGUCCGAUGCCCUCUCCCUCCGCGCAUAUCAUGAUUUAGCUUCCCUGACUAUUCCAAUCCAACCUCCGCCUCGGUGGGGAACAGAGGCUUUCUCCGAUGUCCAAAAUGCCAACAAUGUGAAAACGAAUAUCUAUUAUUCGUCUGCGAUUCUUGCCACCCACAUAGAGACUUCCACGUUGCCUCUCAGAUUGGGACAUGAAACUCUCCCCAGUUUCACGAGCAGGCUGAAUUGGCAAGCACCUAAUCCAUUUGGAGAGCUUCUCGGGAACUUCCCUCUGUCAUCGGUAUCUGAUCAGAGAUUGCGCAACUUCGCCAAUUUUACAUGGCCAAUGUCGCGGAUGGAGGCAGACCGGUAUUCCCGGGUCGAUGUAACGCGAGGAUUAACCGACAACGACCUUCGAAUAUACGAUGCCCAACACUCUAAUCUAACCGCUUUACAGUCUGUAGUUCGAUUCCAUGGCCUCCCAUACCCUCUUCCGACCUCGUUCCCUUCUUCGCUAUGGUUGGAGAAUGCGAUCUCGCCGCGGCCCUCUCCUCAGUCCCUGCCCACUGUCAAAGGUAUUUCGUCCCUGACGACCAGGACUACUCUGGCGCCGUUCUUCAAGCAAUACGCGGCGUUCGUGGACGAUUGUCUGCGCCGAAAGAAUGCCACAGCACUGGGCAUGGGUCUUGACUUGGACGAGCUGAGGGAGGUUGGAAACGAUCUCUGGAGUAUUCACGACAACUAUUCCGAAAACGACGACUUAUCUCAAGAAUCCAUGUAA